AUGGAUGAACCUAUGCUUGAGCUGUGCACGAGAGCUGGUCAAGGCGGGGGCGCCAAGGCUAUUGCAGCACCUGGGUUAAGAUCUAGCCAUUUACGGAUUGGUGGAGUGAGGGAUAUGAUCAUUGGCUCAUUAGUGAGCAAAAUUGAAGUGGACCCAUCAGCCCCAUCAACCCCACAGUCUGGAUAUAUCUACAAGCUGCCAUUGUACAAGACCUAG